ACCCGUUUCAACAAAAUGUAUCUAGCUAGCUAGCUGGCUCCCUAAACCCCCCUAUGUGUUUGCAAGUUCAUAUAUAUCUGGGGGUUUCAUGCAUUUAGUGUUGGAGGUGUUUUUCGAAAAUGCAUAACGUCAGGAUUUUCAUUCCAUCGUUCCGUUCAGAGGACAAUCCGAUUGAGAAAGGGUACACGGUCUUUAAAAUUGACGUGCUAAUGAAUGGCAGACAGCAUACAGUGAAGAAGCGCUACAGUGAAUUUCAUAAUCUCCAUAAAAUACUGAAGAAGAGUAUGACGCCUCCUGAGAUUCCCUCUAAGCAUGUACGGAACUGGAUUCCCAAAGUUCUGGAGCAGAGAAGACAUGGUCUGGAACUCUAUCUACAGACUAUAAUUAUGGAGAAUGAAGUUCUCCCAAAGAUAUUCCUGGAUUUCCUCAACAUCCGCCACUUUCCCUCACUGACAAAAACAGAAAGUUGUGGGUCAUUUGAAACUGAAUCUGAAGAGGCAAGUAAACUGACCCACCAACCAGCAAUGCUCUACCGUAGAGACCCCUACAUGCUCCCGUCCACCCACGAUACAUUUUCAAAUGUUGUCAUAGAAGGAGUGAUACAUGGAAUAUUCUACCCAGACCUUCAACCAAGGUAGAGUUACUGUAUGCCAGCUUGGAGGACUUACUACUAACUCAUGAAGAGAAAGAGAAGAUUAAGAAAUGAACAGCUUGUAAGAGUCUCAAUUUUGUAAACAUUCUAAUAGUUGUGUGUUUAUGAUAUAUUUUGUGGUUUGUUUCUGUGUUAAUGGAUAUCUUGAUAAUAUUUUAAAUGAAACGCCUCAAAGAAAUGCAUUUUCUGAAUGAUUGUUAUUCAAAGAUGAACACUAUCAUGAUGUUAUGACAACAUUUAAGAUUAUGCAUAUAUUCAGCCUCAUGGACUCACAGGCUGUAUCCAUCUACUAAUGGUCUUUCACUCAAAUUAAGGUGAGACCUUGAAGUUUUACACAGUGAAAUAACAUUACUUGGUCAAACACUUAACUCUAAUAUACUAGCUAUGAAUUAAUGAAGGGCAACCGAUCAAACACGUCAAACAGGUGAUUAAAAAGCUGAAAUAUAUAAAAAGGGAAACUGAACUUGUACUGUCAGUGUAAUAAGAUGUCUUAUGUUGGUCUGCCUUAUCUCAACUUUGAGUGUGUCCCUUUUAUUUUAGAGCAAUGUGGUUCAUUGCUGCUCUUUUUGAACGUGGGACUGCUGCUGUAAACCUACUGGGAUUGCUGCUGUAAACCUACUGGGAUUGCUGCUGUAAACUUACAAGGCCAUUUACACGCCAGUCAGUUUUGAUCCAAUUUAAAGUGACUGAAGCAAUACAGAUCUAAACUCUUCGUGAUGCUGUAGUGUUCCGCAUAUGGUAAUGCUGUGUGUGUAAUUGAUAAGCCUCAUACACAGUUGAUGCAUUUUCGUAGUAAGUCAAGCUUAGUUGGUCUAACAUUACUUUGCGCUUGUCAUUCAUUAGACAAUUAUGGAUGGCUAAUAAUAUAGAUACUCUGAAAGACAUGAGGAUGGUCUGGACAUUUUAUUGACUAGAAUGCUCUGCUAUCCUUGAUAUUUCUAUCCGAUGUGGUCUCUGAAUUGAGACCGGGUGAACAUUAACGCACUUAAAGAUAGAAUCCUUUAUUAAAACAACAGGGGUAAUCCUGCAUCUGUUUCAGUAAAAAGCUGAGGGAUGGGGCAGGAGAAAUGUUGCCACUCAAAAUUCAUAGAACUAUGGAUGCAAGGACUGACCAUCUUUGAUAUCAACAUUUGUUUUAACUAUGUUUUGAGGAUAGUUUGUUUACAUUUACAAACAUUGGAUUGAAACACGCUUAUAUUUUUGGUUCUGAUGGGGUACGGCUGUUAGACAUUUUUAAGUUGUAUUUUUCAAGAAUCAAUGGGUAUGUAAGGGAUAAACGCCAACUUUCAGUACAUUACCUUGGAAAUAAUGGAUGAUGCAGUCCCUUUCGAGGUUAAUUUUUCCAGGGUAAUGUACAGAACAGAGGUGUUUACUCUGCUUAUAUCACAGUUGCCAAAGAAAACAAUACUAAAGCACACAUUUUAUAGGUAAAAAUAGCACGUUUGAGUAUAUUUUCAUUUUGAUGUGUGAUUUCACCUGGUAAUAACUAAGGAUUCUAGCUUUAAAGUAGAGGAUUUUCCAUUUGUUAAAUGAAAAGUAAACUUGGGUUAGUUGAGCAGCCAUGUAUAGAACCGUCCACUUCAACUGAGAUAAAAUCAUGCCUGUGUUGACAAAUCCUGCAAAAAAAUGUUUUGUAUCUACUUUGUAUAUGUAUGUCCUGUACAGUAUGUAUCUUGUGCCAUGACUCCCUACCAGUAAUGAUACUGUAGCACUUUAGGCAGAGCACAGUAAUCUGUAAAGUAUCAUGAUUAAGACUGAUGGCAAUAAAGCAUGACAUUUCCAUAA